AUGGGGGCACAUGGCGAAAGCAUCAUCUGGUGUGGACAGGCGACCCAGCUUCGAUGGCUCAAGAUCACCUACUCCAGCGGUUUAGAUCUGGGCGCGGUCCUAGCGGGGAUAGGAGCUAAUCUCGAGGCCAUCCACAUACUAGACUGUGAAUUCAAUGCGGAGAAACCUCCUCCUCAGACAAUGUACCCUGCCUUGAAACAGCUGAGCAUUGUUGACUCCGUGUCCGGGCUGUUACCAUUCCGCUUGACCACGCUCCCAUCAUUGGCGGAUCUCAGCGUGCGGGUCCAUCCACGUGACUUCGAGUGCCUUGAGGACUGGCCCCUCAUCCUGGAGUUUCUGAGUCACGUUCCAGUUACCCUCCGGCUAAGCAGCCCAUGGCGUCUGAAGGUUCGGCAGGAUCUACCUGGCCGCUUGUGGCAGGUUGCAUCCCUGCCUAAUGCACGAAUCCAAGGACGGGACUGGAGGGAACCAGUCAUCUGCCACGAGGGCGAGAGCAUAGCUGAUGGACAGGUGAGCAUUUCUAACUGA